AUGAUGAUCAAACAUAUUUUAUUAAUUACUUUUAUGAUUGCAAUGUUUUCAUUUGCAGUUUAUGGUGAAAAUCAAGCAAUGCAAUUAACAAUUUCUCAAAUGAAAAAUUCAACAUGGACUGAUCAAGAUAUAUCUUAUUCUAUCUAUGUUGCUACUGUAACCAAUACUGGAACAUCAAUGGUUUAUGAUGCAACUAUAAUACCAGAAUCCAAUUUUAACAUUCAAAGAAGAUCUGAUCUUUGGAAAUUAGACUUUGUAGAAGCAAUUCCAAAAGAUUUACAACAUGCAAAAUUACAUUUCCCACAAUACAUUUCACAAAUCGGUUUAGCAUUUAACACCACAUUCACUUUCGGUUAUAUUACUAAAGGUUCAGAACCAGCAAUUUUCUCAAUCACUGAUCUCGUUUACACAAAAUAA